AUGGACAACAUUAGUAACGAUUAUUAUUCUAUGGACGAUAGUUCUGAUAGUGAACUUAGUAGUGCCGAUUUUGAAGAUUCAGAAGAAAUUGAAAACCACAAUAAUCUAUUAGAGUUGAAAGUUGGGCUUACCUUUGGAAGUUUCAAGGAAUUUAAAGCCUGGAUUGAAUGUUUUGCUAAAAAGGAAGGGUUUAGUUAUCGAAUUAGAACUAGCACAAUAGAUGGUGAUAUAGUUCGUCAUGCUAUAUACGAAUGUUCAAGAUCAGGUACACACCAACCUCUAGUGACUACAGAUCCUACUAAGCGACGAAAUAUGUCUUCACAACGAACAGAAUGCUCUUGGCAUCUUAACCUUACCUGCCCUAAAACAAAUAAUAUUUUGAAGAUCAACUCAUUUAAGGAUGAACAUAAUCAUGUUCUUACUCUAACUAUAAAUGAAAUAGCUUCACGAUUUAGGAGAUUAAUCCCAAAAAUGUUAUCUGAUAUAAAAAAAUAUGUAUUGCAAGAUCGAAUGGAUUCUGGGUCCAUCUACCCUUUACUAAAGCACGAUUAUCCUAACCAAUCUAUCUUUAAAAAAGAUCUUUAUAAUGCAGUAUACCGUUUUCGAACUGAAAAUAACCCUGGUGAUUCGGAUGCAUCCCAAAUGCUCCAAAUACUAAUGAAUUGGAAAGAAUCAGAUCCUUCAUGGGUAGUUAAACUCUAUUUAGAUCCUUU